AGUUGUGGUUUGGAUAAAUUUGAUGCUGAGGACAUGGAGCAAAAGAGAGAGUUAGUAAUGAGACACUUGCGCGAUUUGUGGAAUAAGUGGCGUGGUGACAUGCACAGGAAAUAUGUGAAAGAAAAUUCAUUGCAAGUUGCACUUAGAAAUAGACCUACAGAAGUGAGUGUUGAUGACUGGGAUUGGCUAGUUAAGGAACAUUAUUUUUCUUCAAAAUUUCAGAAAGCAAGCCAACAAAAUACACUUAACAGAGGCAAACGAAAGAUGCUCCACCACACGGGCAGCAAAUCCUUUAGACAAAUUGCGUGGGAAUUGGGUGGCAAGUCAGGAAAUCCACCUGAUGUGGCAAAAAUGUUCCAUGAAACUCGAAAGAAAGCUAAUGAAACACUAGAAAAUAGGGAUCAAGAUAAAUAUGAUGAAAUUAUUCAAGUCAAACAAGCAAACGCUUCACUUUCUGACAUUGAGAUAGUUGAGAAAAUCUGGGGGAAGCAAUCUCAUGGUCACAUUACUGUAUUUGGUGGCGGGACUACUUUGAAAGAUUUGAGAGGACCGCUCCCUAGUCGAUCUGAUCUGGAAGCACGGGUUAUAGAAGAAAAGAGAAAGAACCAGAUGUUUCAAUAACGCUUAGAUGAGCAGGAACAACAACAACAAAGGAUGUCUGAGUUGGAGUUACAAGUGAAAGCUAUGCAAGAACUUUUUUUUAGGCAAUCACCUUCAUUGACUCCUCAAACUCGAGAACAUGUGCAGGAUUAGGCUAUCCAUGCAAGAUUAGGAUGGGUAGCUCGAGUCUUCUUUUGACGAUGAUUAGAGGUGUCAGAGAUGUGUCUUCCCCAAACUUUUAUUUUAAUUUGUUUUAGAUAGUUUCAUGUAUUUUUCUUUGGAACAAUUAGGAUAUUAACUCUU